CUCCGCAUGCAGACAACUAGCUGAAGUAGCUGAAACAAACGUAACUUAUUGAGUUGUAUCACUUCUCGGACAACCCGACUCUAAUUCUGUAGUAUCAUGUCCCCUCAGAGAACAUCUAAUUUAAAGUUUGUUUAAAGUAAUCGCCGAUGAGAGUAUACAACAAGGACUAACGUCAGCUGCACAUGCUAACUAACUAGCUCGUUAGCUGUGAUGGCAACUCCUCUGAUUUCCGCUCCUUUGUUAAGUCAAAGGGAACGCCGGGCUGCUCUGAGGAAAGAGAGAAGAAAAAAGAAACGCCAAGCUCUCGCCCGAGCCAGAGAAAGUGGUUUAAAAAAUGGAGGAAGCCCUGCAUAUGAAGUGGAGGAAGAAGAAGAAGAAGAAAUAAAUGAAAAUGACGUUGCUGAGGAAGAAAGACUACGGCUGCAUACAGAGUGGUUGAAAAGAGAGAUGCUUGCUCAGGAGGAGUUCAGGCUGAGGGCUGAGAGGGAGGAGGCUGUAAGGAAAAGAAAAGAGGAGGAAGAGCGAAUGAUAAAGGAGGAAUGGGAGGCCCAGCAGAAGAAAGAAGAAGAAGAAAAAGAACAGAAGCAGCAGGACAAGCGAGACAGAGAGGAGGCCGUUCAGAAAAUGUUGGAUGAAGCAGAAAAUCAGUUAGAGAAUGGAGGAGCGUGGAUGAAUCCCGAGGCUCCUGGGGCAAAGAGCUCGGAGAACUUUGGGACGGAGCGGGACGUGGCAAACUGUCCUUUCUUCCUGAAGACCGGGGCGUGUCGAUUUGGAGACAGAUGUUCUCGGAAGCAUGCUUAUCCAACAGCCAGCCCCACUCUGAUGAUCCGGGGAAUGUUUACGACGUUCGGCUUGCAGCAGUCGCGCCGCGAUGAUUACGACAUUGAUGCUUCUUUGGAAUACAGCGAGGAGGAGCUGCAGGAGACUUUCCUCGACUUCUACCAGGACGUCCUGCCGGAGCUGAAGAGUGUCGGCAAGGUGGUGCAAUUCAAGGUCAGCUGCAAUUACGAACCACACCUGCGAGGAAAUGUUUACAUUCAGUUUGACACAGAGGAGCAGUGCAUGGAGGCCAUCAUCAGGUUCAAUGGGAGGUGGUACGCAGGCCGGCAGCUUCACUGUGAGAUGUGUCCUGUUACUCGGUGGAAGAAUGCUAUAUGUGGAUUGUACGACAGACAGAAGUGCCCCAAAGGGAAGCACUGUAACUUCCUGCAUGUAUUUCGAAACCCUGGCAAUGAAUUUUGGGAGGCGGACAGAGACCUGCAUCUGUCUCCAGACCGCAGCGUCAGGGGGAGUCGCAGAGACGGGUGGCAAUCAGAAAGAUACGGAGACAGAUCGUGGAGGCAACGUCAGAACAGCAGAAGCCCCCCGAGAUCUGAGAGAUCCCAUAGCAGACGAGAGAGAGACAGACGGAGGAGCAGGAGCAGAGAGAGCAGGGCGUCCCAGCAGCACCGAGAGGACAGACGGUCAUCCAGACACAGUGACAGAAAGAACAACUGGUAUCUGAGCAAGAGUAAGGAUAGGUCGAGGAGUAGAGACAGAGAGCCAAACAGAAGUAGAGAUAAAGACAGGGAGCACAAGAAUAGAAGUGAAGAGACAGACAGUAGAGACACAGAAACACAUGAAGAAGUGAGGAAAAGGUCGAGAAGCACAAGCAGAGAAAGGAAGAAACGCAGCACAGAAAAGAGCCCCAAGAAACCAGAUGCUAUUGAGGAGACCAAAACACGCCGCCGCCACAAACAAUCCAAAAAGGGCAAGAAAAAGAGCAAAAAGAAGCAUAAGAAAAAAAGCCAUCUGCCUGAAGGAGUGACCUCAUCUGGAGAGUCAGAGAAGGAGAAAGAGUCGGAGGACGAGAGAGUGGAGGGUCUCCCUGCAGCGAGUCCUAGUGGGGGGGGGGAUGAAACAGAGGCAGGUCAGAAAAACCAUGAUUUAGAUCAAAGUCCGGGAGUUGACAGGGAGCUUUGUCCUGAGGUGAAACAUGAACAGUCUAUCACAGAAAUGCUGAAUGAGACCGCUGGAGAAGGGGACAUGAGUAACUCUUAGUUACCUUUCAAAAUAUAGGAAUUGGUUCUGGCUUUUCUCCUCGACAUGUUUUUAGCAAGUUAUCUCCUGUCACCAAUGCACAUGUACAUAUGUGAAUAUUUGUAGCUUUUGUAAAGUAGUUAACGUCGCUUCAAUUAUCAGAUACUGGAGCUGCAGAACAACAUGGUUAUUGAUGCUGAGUAAAAACAAUAUGAAAAAACAUCAAAAACAGGGGUUAUUUCUUUGUAUACAUUUAUUGUUAAUAACUUGCAAAAAUAAGAAAAAAAUGUUGGCAAAUGACUUGGCAGUGUUUAAUACAAAAAGUGAUUUAUUUUUGCACGAAUCAAAGAUGUCGAAUAAUUACUUCUGAAUGUUCGAUGACAACACUUUGUGGUUUUAAGAAUGCAGAUACAAUUCUUGGAUGAGCAUGUAUUCAUUACUUGUUGGCCUGUUUUCCUGCUGACAAGUGAACAAGCUGACGCUGAUGAAUAUUCAUGAUGUCCCCUGAUAUGUGCAGUUCAUCUUCUGUCGCUUCUACCCCAUAAAGAAACUCAUGCUAGACCUGCCCUUAAACUGUUUGGGAUAAUAAUACUGCUAUAUUGUGGCCAAAUAAUCCCCACAUACAUGUUCUGUCAAACAUCCUGCCGCUCUAAAUCCCUUUUCUGCCAUGUUAACUUUCUGUAGACUACAUCGAGAAGAUAAAACACAGUGUUCUUUGGUCAUGUUAGUCUUUAAGCCAAACUAAACUAUACAUAAAAUAUUUUUCUUUUGAGUCGCUAUGCUUUCCUGUCCCAGAUUUGACUCCAGAGGCCAUUAUGAAACAAAUGCUUUGGUCAGGAAAAGUCUUUUUUUGUGGAAACAAGACUCAUUACAAACUGCUGAGGUUAACAAAAGGUAACGUCUUGAAAAUAAUAUACAUGGUUCAUUUCUAAGAACAACUCACUAAACACAAACAUAUUCAAACCUACAUAACAAACACUGAUGUUGAUAUGUCUUUUAAUUUCACUUAAUUGUUGGGUUGAAUGACCCGUGUGAUUGUAACUGUCAGCGAUUCCCACAACAGCACUAGCCCCCGUUGGUAAUUCUCAUGUGUUAUCCUUAUCAGAGUCACAGAGCUAAGUAUCAGAUCAAAACAUUUUCCUUUAAUAAAACCCAGGUCAUUACUUACCGCUGUUCUUAAGGUAUUUCUUGAGUCCUCAAAGACCCAUCUAACCAUCUCGAUUGAUUUAAUUUAUAUUUCCAGAGAUGAGCCUCUUUUGUACAUUGUUAUAUUGUUUUUGCAAUAUUUAAUGUGAAGCAACAUAAUGCCCAUUUGCUUUUGAGAAACAAGAUGAAAAACCUUUUUAAUCAUGCAUUUAGUUUGUUAUCAAAAACAGUUUUAUCAAAUGAACCUCACAGAUGUCAGAAUAUUUAUUUAUUUUGUAUUUGGAUGCUGAGCUCUGUGGCCUGAAUGUGAAGGUAAAUCAUGAGAAUUGCCGACUGAGUCUACAACAGCACCUUUAAAAA